AAAAGACAAACUCCCCUGAUUUCUAUUUUCAGCCCCAACACUUAUCUCCUAACCUUCAUCUUUCCCGUGACGAAACCACCUUCAAAAAUUCCCCAAUUCCCUGUGUAUACUUGGAGCAAAUGAGCAUUGAGUGAGGGGGCCACAGAUACUUAAGCCUUAAGGUGUGAGGUUGUCGAACCCAUGAUUAAGGACCAUAAAAGGGUGCGUGCCCCGGUCAGUGUUUACAGCUUGGCAACAAUCAUGAUUCAUGAGUGACGAUAGCAAAUUUCUGUUUUCUCCCCUCAAUUUCCACCAAUCGCAUCUCCGAUUUUGUGCUUCACAUCUCAUUUUUCAUCUUUCUUGAUGAACAAACCAUGCUCGUCUAGCUACUAAGGGUUUGGUUGAUUCUUUCCUUUUUCGCUGAUUAAGGGUUUGGAUGCCUUGAACAAAUGGGUGCAGCUGGCUCCAAACUUGAGAAAGCUUUGGGCGACCAAUUUCCAGAAGGCGAACGAUACUUCGGUCUCGAAAAUUUUGGCAAUACGUGUUACUGUAACAGUGUCUUGCAGGCUCUUUAUUUCUGUGUUCCAUUUCGUGAGCAAUUGCUAGAAUAUUAUUCAAGCAACAAAAGCUUUGCUGAUGCAGAAGAAAAUCUGUUAACAUGCCUAGCAGACUUGUUUACACAGAUAACUUCACAAAAGAAGAAAACAGGGGUGAUUGCUCCAAAACGCUUUGUACAGAGAUUGAAGAAGCAGAAUGAGAUUUUCCGUAGCUAUAUGCACCAGGAUGCCCAUGAAUUUUUAAAUUAUCUUUUAAACGAACUUGUGGACAUACUGGAGAAAGAAUCACGUGCUGCAAAGAGUGAUCCAGAAUCUUGUUCAUCUUCUGAGCAAAUUCCUAAUGGAAUAAAGACUUCUCACAUCAAUGGUCAUGUAAGAGAGCCACUCAUCACAUGGGUGCACAAGAAUUUCCAGGGUAUACUCACAAAUGAAACAAGGUGCUUGCGAUGUGAGACAGUAACAGCAAGAGAUGAAACCUUCCUUGACUUGAGCCUUGAUAUUGAGCAAAAUACCUCAAUUACUAGUUGUUUGAAGAACUUCAGUUCCACUGAGACUUUAAACGCUGAGGACAAAUUCUUUUGUGAUAAAUGUUGCAGCUUGCAGGAAGCCCAAAAAAGAAUGAAGAUCAAGAAACCACCGCAAAUCCUAGUCAUCCAUUUAAAAAGAUUCAAAUACAUCGAGCAACUCGGGCGUUACAAAAAGCUCUCAUACCGUGUGGUCUUCCCCCUGGAGCUCAAACUAAGCAACACCGUCGAAGACACAGAUGCCGAAUAUUCUCUUUUCGCGGUGGUGGUCCACGUCGGAAGUGGGCCCAACCACGGGCACUACGUGAGCCUCGUGAAAAGCCAUAAUCAUUGGUUGUUUUUUGAUGAUGAAAAUGUGGAAAUGAUCGAUGAGUCAGCUGUGCAAACUUUUUUCGGGUCCGCACAAGAGUAUUCCAGCAACACGGAUCAUGGUUACAUCUUGUUUUACGAAAGGGUCGAUGUAGGUACCACAAGUUGAAAAGACGGAUUUACCCUCCUCCCUUAAGAGGAAAUUUUACAAUUUUGAACGGAUACACUUAACAUUUAUUUCACUGUCUUUAUUAUAUAGUACAUUUUUAUUGGACUGGUUCUAUUUUUGUAAUGUAUAACAAUGGGUCCGUCCCACAAAUGACAUGGAGGAGGUAACUUAGUAAGGAAAGUGAUUAUGUGAUCUUA